AUGUCUCAACAUACCAAUCAGGAGUUCUACGGCGGGGCCAUUCGAGGCGUUGUCCCGCAGAACUGGAUUGAUUCCAGUACCCUGCGUGAAGUGCCUGAUCACCAAGAGCUCUUCCUCUCACCAACCACGCUAUCCAACCUGAUCAUCGAAAUCAACCAGCGUGUGCCACAGGAAGAAGCGCUCACCGCAAGCGCCAAAUUCAGCAACCGGCCAGCGGCCCCCAGUGGAAGCGCCACCUCCUUGCAAAUCGACCAUGCCGCUUGUCUGUAUCACUUGCACGAUCUGUGCGACGAAGGCGACACCAUGAAGGUAGUCACGUCCCCAUCCAAGGUCGACGUCCAGCUUGCUUCUUCCUCGCCAUCACCUGCUCCGAUCAAGGCGUAUCGAGGAGUGGUCUCCUUCACUACGCCGAAGAAAGACGCCGAACCUGUCUCGGCUGGAGGUACCCCGCCAUCAUCACGGUUGACGUGCCACUACCUUCUUGUGCGGCUUGUGGCCCAGGAGACCGAUCUUUUGGUCUUCUUCAAUGUUCCUCAUGAGGAAUUUGAGAAGAGUGGAGAUCCUAAGGGAUUGGCGGCUGAGGAGGCUCUUGCGGCAGAUACCAUCAGCGCUUUGGUGGGGAAGUUACAGAUCUGUGAUUGGGGCCUUUUUGUUUGA